CGGGCCUUUUGGUACGAAGCAGAAUAUAACACUCCUCCAUAACCAUGUCAUUCUACAAGAAACUAGCAAUUGUUGGCUUGAUCUUGACCUUGCUCCUUGUGUCACACCGCAUGGAGGCGGCAGCAAAAAUGUGCAGUUCGGUAGUGCAGAGACUCAUGUGCGGUGGAUCAAACCCAAAAACCACAGACAAGGCAUGCAGUGACUCGUGCAAGGACAUUGGCUACACGGGUGGCGGCUCUUGCGACAUGCAUCAGAAGCAGCAUAAUACAUAUAGAUGUAUAUGUCGCAAGCCGUGUGCAGCGGAGCAAACACAGACGCACGCCGGCAACUUAGCCCGCGCCAGAGACGCAAAGCAGCGGACGCAGGAGAUAUGAUGAGCCGGACGAUGGCAGAGAGUGUUCAAGUGAUCGAGUGAUGUGUGAUAUUUAGAAGAAUAAACAUAUUUGGAUCGUUGUUAUGCACAUUUUGUAAUCCAAAUUAAUCAAUGAAGCUAGAAACAGUUAGUUGCAGUUACCAAA